CCACACAAACACAUGUACCCUUGUUUUGACUGAUGCGUUGCAGUCCGACGGACAUCUUACAUUUGUUUGAUCUCCGAAUCUGAACAAUGUGGAUUCAAGUCAGAAGCUUCGAUGGGAAGAUUUCUAUGCAAGUUGACAACUUGUCGAAGUUGACGAAAAUCGAAGAUUUGCGAGAGCGACUUGUUGAAAAGUUCGAUGCACCUACUGAUCGUCAACGCUUGUUUUACAGAGGGAAACAGUUGACAGAUGGUCAUUCACUGUUUGACUACAAUGUUGGUCUGAACGACCUGAUACAGAUCUUGGUAAGACAGGAUGCCCCAACUGACAAAGCCACACCUACAGUCAAUGGCUACAAUAGCGGUGGUGAAGAGAGUUCAGCCUCGGACAAGGAAAACAAAAGGCCUUUGACCCCAGAGCCAGUGGUCGCUACAACAUCAAAAGAAGAGGCAGAGUGUAUGGAAAAUGGAGAAUUACAUUCUACAUACAAGGUUGGAGACAUCAUUGAUGCAAGAGACACAUCUGUUGGAGCGUGGUUCGAGGCCAAAAUUGUGAAAAUUGUGGUAGACACUGGGAAAAAGGCGGGAAAAGUAGCAGAACCAAAUAAUAAUGACGAUACAUUGAGUGGAAUUGAAAACAAUAACAAUAAAUCUACGAGUGGGAAGCUUACAGAAUCUAGUGAUAAAACUGGCGGUAGUCAUGACAACACUGACAGUGGUGCUAAUUCCAUGGAGAUAGAUUGUGAUACUGAAAUAUCAGACAAAGUGAAAACAGACAAAAAGUUUGAGGAAAUUGACAAUUUAAAUGAUAGUUUUGUUUAUCAUGUUGUUUUUGAAGGGUAUGAAGACACAGAUGCAGAAGAACUGACAUGUGGAAGAAUCCGCCCACGUGCAAAGACAGUUAGGACAUUUUCAGACGUUAAAGAAGGACAAAAAGUUAUGAUCAAUUUCAAUGUCGACGAUCCAGACCAGCGUGGCUUCUGGUACGAUGCAAUCGUCACGAAAAAACAGAAUACGCGAACAAUCAAGAAACUAUUAGCAACUGUAUUCAUUGGGCCUGACCUGAUGCCACUUGAUGACUGUAGCAUUCUGUUUUUGAAUGAAAUAUUCGAAAUUGAAAAACCUGGUACACAACUGAAUAUGGAUGAUGUUGCUAAAGAUCCAUCACAAUCGCCAGUCAAACGACAGAACAAGCCUGAUUGUAGUCAUUGUAUGGACAACCCGCGGAGAAAGUGUAAACACUGUGCUUGUUGUGUGUGUGGCGGUAAGAACGAUCCAGACAAACAGGUACUCUGUGACGAAUGUGACCAGGCCUAUCACCUCCAGUGUAUGAAUCCUCCACUUGAUAGUAUCCCCGAGGACGACGAAUGGUACUGUCCCGAUUGUAAAACAGACAGUGACGCCAUUGUAAAAGCAGGCGAGAAGUUAAAGGAAAGCAAAAAGAAAGCCAAGAUGGCAUCAUCAACCAACUCAACAAGUCGUGACUGGGGCAGGGGAAUGGCUUGUGUGGGCCGACAGAAUGUAUGCACAGUUGUUCCAGCAAACCAUUUUGGGUCUAUUCCUGGAGUAGAGGUCGGCACUUUGUGGAAGUUCAGAGUUCAGGUGAGUGAGGCUGGAGUACACAGACCACAUGUGGCCGGUAUCCAUGGACGCGAGGAUGCUGGGGCAUUUUCUAUAGUUUUGUCUGGAGGCUAUGAAGAUGAUAAGGACGACGGAGAACAAUUUACUUACACAGGAAGUGGAGGGCGUGACCUGUCAGGAAACAAACGUACAGCAGAACAGUCAUGUGACCAGGUUCUGACACGGAUGAAUAAAGCUCUGGCAAAGAACUGCAAUGCCGUUAUAGACAGCAAGAAGGGUGCCUGCUCGGAAGAAUGGAAGAAAGGGAAACCUGUGCGUGUAGUUCGUAACUGUAAGGGAAGGAAACACUCCAAGUAUGCCCCAGAGGAAGGCAAUCGCUACGAUGGCAUUUACAAGAUAUCCAAAUACUGGCCAGAGAAAGGAAAGUCUGGUUUCUUGGUCUGGAGAUACUUGUUGAAGAGGGAUGACCCCACGCCAGCUCCCUGGACCAAAGCAGGCAAGAAACGUAUUGAAGAACUUGGCCUUGAAAUGCAGUAUCCUGCGGGCUACCUUGAAGCCAUGGCCAAGAAAGCUGAGGAGGAGGAGUCAUCGGGUGCCACAUCUGCUAAAAAAGGAAAAGGGAAGAGGAAACGGACUGACUCUGAUUCUUCACCAGGUGGAACGCCAGAGAAGAAACAGAAGGUUGUAAAAUACAGUAUAGAUUCUGCCCAGUUAAAGCUCAUCAAAGAGGACGAAAUUAACAAGAAACUGUGGAAAGAUGCCAUGUUACUCACGAAGGAGGGGGGACAGAAAUUUCUAGGAAAAGUAGAGGAGCUGUUUAACUGUAUCUGUUGCCAGGAGGUUGUGUUCAAACCUGUCACCACUGUCUGCAACCAUAAUAUUUGUAAGCCAUGUUUAACCAGAUCAUUCAAAGCAGAGGUGUACAACUGUCCCAUGUGUCGAGCUGAUCUGAAGCAAGAAGAGGAUGAACUCAAAGUGAACAAAACCCUUCGGACAAUAUUACAGAAUUUCUUCCCUGGUUACGAAGCAGGCAGAUAGAUCAUAUCUUUUACAUUUACAUUAUGUCUGUCCCUGUUGUCACAUAUACUGUCAUUUCUCAAAACUUCAACUCUUGUCAGAUUCAUUAAAAGCAACAACAAAUAUAUACUGUGACCCAGGUAGGGGGUUUGGGAAGUCUACAGAGAUAUGAAAUCUAUAUUUAUCCAGUAGUUCACUGUUAAUGGGCUAAUAUUUUAUUUGAAUUAAAAACGGCGUUGCUUUCUUUAUAAAAUAAGUCAAAUUAAUAACAUAUUCUGCACACUUGCAGGCCCCUGCUGUUCAGAUACACAAUCAAUAUUAAGCAUCCGAGAUUUAUAUUGAAUCCAAAACAUUAAACUUGGGUUGUUAUGAAUAUGACUCAAUUCAACCGAUACUUCACAUUGGUGCAUAUUUUCACCUGAAAAACCUCUAAUGAUGCUAAUGUUUAUAUUUAGUACUAGUCAAAAUAUUCAUCUUUGUUACAUCACUUCUUGUGCCAUUAAGCCAAGAUCUCAUAAGUGUGUCUGUUUUGUAUGAAUGUGGAUUAGUUCCUAACAAAUCAUGUGAGAGGUUCAUAUUUACAAUAUCUUUAAGUAACCUCUAUAAUUUUUCAGCUAUUAUGUACAAUAUCUGUGACAAUCCCUUUGACCUGUUACCUCUUUACGAAGAAAACGAGAUCCAACGUCAGGUAUUGGUAGUUCUGUACAUACGGUGGCCUCUCUAGGGUACAAGUCCAGUCCAGGAUAUGUAUAAACAUGACGGUACAGACCUAGUAUGCCAAAACAUGUAAACCGUUAAACCUGUUGAAGAUUUCCCUGGGGUUGUUUCUUUUAACUUACUGUUACCUCUAGGUCUGAAUUUGAUAUAAUUAAUUUUACUCCAAUUCUGCUUAUUUGAUUACAGUUAGCGUACAUAUUUUAUCAGUAACAUUAUUUUUGCACUGUAUUACAAUAAUGAUUGCUCUUCCUUUAUGCUAUUUCUAUAGAACUCAAUUUUGUUGGGCCAAAAUGAUUGCUCUUUCUUCAUACUAUUGUACUAGGUAAGUACAGAAGAGUAAAGUUCUCUCUCUAAAACAAGGUUUACUUCCUACGUCGUCAUGUUUAGUUUGUAGAGACAGUUGCUGUAAUUUGCAGCAGGUAAUAUAAUUAUGUAUUUAAAGAUGCUUGCUCAUUUUGAUAUAAACUUUAUGCUCACCAAGUUUAUAAUAAUUGUCAACUGAUUUUGUUGACAACAGUUAAACACUAUUAUCAUUCUCCGAGUCUGCUUGAUAUACAGUACUGUAUAAUGAAAUAUACAGAAAGUUGAGUUUUCUUUUUAAAUGAAAUAUUUAUGAAGAUAUUUUAUCCCUGAGUUAGCCCUAUUAUAUACUAUGAUAUAUAGGACUAUUAUGAUUUUGUCAUUGAACAGUCAUUGAAUUAACUCUGGUGUCUCGGUCACACUUGUGAGAAUAUCUCUGACUAUGUACAGGAUAAACAAACCCGCAAGUCGUCCCAAAUUUCAAAACUUGUUUUUAAUUUCCAUUGAUUCCUUUGUUUAAAAAAACCCAGAGAUCUAAUGAUGGAUUGUGAGGAAAAACCCAGAAUUAAAAUAUUGAGUAACUUUCAUCUCCUGUAGGCAACAAAGACAUUCUGAUGGAAUGAAUCAUGAAGCCGACUUACAAGUAUGUUAGUGAAUAUGGACUAAUUUCUUGUUAAUUAAUAUUACAAGAAUUAUUUUUGAACAUGGUACUUGUACUUAAUUUGCUGAUACAUGAAUGGAUCGACUUAUAAACCAGUAAAGUCACAUAUCAAAAACAUUACAUUCUCCUGAAAAUGCUCAUUCAUAAAUUUUCAUUAAUCACUUUAUACAUACAUUAUAUACGACUCCUUCGUGUUUGUUCUUCUCAGUAAACAUGAUAAACAAUGAAAGGAACGUUUUCUUAUCCCACUUUCAUGUCUGAAUACAUUCAAACUUUGCCCAGAAGAAUACAGUUAUUCAUUUUCAUAAAUAUGUACAAAGAUCGUUUAAAUGUAAUCUAAGAUUUAAUGGAAAUCAAUCAAGAUGAAGAUCAAGGAAUGGGGUAUUACAAAGAAUAUAAAUAGAUAAGUUGGAUAUGGUCAAUAUAUUUGCAUCUUGUCAAGUUUAGUGCUGUAGGUCUGUGAGUAUUUGUUAGUACUGUGGUAUAUCUGUUAGUACUGUGGUACACUGUAUAUCUAUGUUCUGUCUCAGUACAGUUUUCUACCAUCGUUGUUGGUGCUCGUGUUUAUUUUAUUUCAAAAUGUUGAGAUUUAUUCCUAUACUUACCAUUAUUUGUACUUUAUUUUAAUAUACUAAUGUGAGGUACUUGUACUAUUUUUCGAAGUUUAGCUUGUGUUGAUGUCCUAGAAAAUGCUUAGAUUCAGAGUCGAAAGGUUUAUUGUAAUCCAAUGCUUUGUAAAUAAAUGUAGCAUGUGGAAUGAAAUGUAUGUACAGAAAAAACUGUCCAUGGUGUUUGUGCAUAGUAUCUAGAUUUUUUUUUUUAUAAGAAGAAUAAUGCUUUUCUGCAAGAUGUACAAUGAUUUUUGCUUGAAUAAUUAGUAGUUUUAUGAAAUUAAUAUCCGAUUGCAAUGCAUUUAAAAAAGACUGAACUAGCUUCAAGCUUGUAUUAAUUAUUUUUCAAGAAAAAGAUAUGUGAUAAAUGCUUGCAAGACAUGUACCUCACUUGUCUGAAAUCAGGUUUGAUGAUUUAUAAAUUAUGACUUAUAAUAUGUGUGUUUAAAAAUGUCUUUAGAGAGAAUCUGAUAUACAAUGGAAGCAAAUUGAAAUAGGCCACAGGAAGCCACAUUUUCACUCUAGAUUUAUAUAGAAUUAACUGUCAUGGUUUGUUUUGACUUUGAAUGUUCUUUUUACUAGUGGGAGAUAAUCAAAUUUUGGAAGAAUCGUGAUUGUCAAACGUGAUUGUCAAAUAUUGAUUCAUGUAAAGGUCCUGCUGAAGGAAGUUCAUGCCUUUUUCUGAAGAUUCUGUCGCGAGUAAUAAUCCCAAUGGAAAUUAUUUCAUAUUCAACGAAAUUCAAAUGUGCAAUUUGCUUUCUAUGCACAACAUUUUUGUUCCUAAAUGUAGCAAGAAGUCUGCAUUCCAAUCCAGUCAAAAAAAAAGUCCUGAAGAUAGAAGCCUUCAGUUUAAUAAUUGUAAAAGGCAUAUUGUUCCACAAAUGGUGUGAAUCUAAUGGAAAAGCACU